CCAUCUUUGGUCGACACCCAGGCAGAGCUUUCGCCGCGGUGCACAGGCAGCGGAAUCAGGGAGCCGGUGCCGAGCGGAGGAGGAGGGCUGUGAUUCUGUAGCACGGGGGGGCUCUCUUGCAUUUUAAAUCCCCCAGUCUGUGCUAAAGGGGAUUACAGGAGGUCGAAGGAGGAGGAGGAGUUGAGGAGGAGGGAAGGGCAGCCUCUCUCAACACGGCAGCAGCAGUUGUGAGGAGGAGGAGGAGGAGGGGAGGAGGAGGAUGCAGGCAUAAAGCAUAAAGAGGAGGAAAAGCAGAAGCCCUUCCGACACCUGCUGAGAGCCGCCGCGGGCCUUUCAUCCUCCUUUGUGUUGAUGCUCUUUACGUCCCUUGUUCUCUCCCACUUGUGAUUUUUCUGGCGGUGGUGGUGGGGGGGACGGGGACGAAGACGAAGGGGCCUCCACUGGAUUGUGGAACAAAAAGCUUCUUGGGGCCUUUUUUCUUCUCCUCUCCACUCGGCGCAUUUUUUUUUUUUUUGUUGCAAUCAGCUGAGUCAUCAUGUCUGAUCUGACGCCUCAGAGCGAAACCCCGACCCCCACCACCGACAAGAUCACCCAGGCCGCCCGGGAGACCAUCUAUCUCUGCAACUUCCGCGUGUCCGUCGAUGGCGAGUGGCUCUGCCUGCGCGAGCUCAACGACAUCUCCCUGACGCCGGACCCCGAGCCGGCCCAUGAAGAACCCAAGGAUCCCAUCGCCCUCGAGCGGCUCAACCUGAUGAACAUGGGCCAGCUGAGCAUCAAGGGCCUGAUCGAGUCCGCCCUCAACCUCGGCCGCACGCUGGACUCUGACUACGCGCCGCUGCAGCAGUUCUUUGUGGUGAUGGAGCACUGUCUGAAGCACGGCUUGAAAACCAAGAAGACGUUCCUGGGGCAGAACAAGUCCUUCUGGGGGGCGCUGGAGCUGGUGGAGAAGCUGACGCCCGAAGCGGGAGAGAUCACGGCCAGCGUGAAGGACCUCCCUGGCCUCAGAACCCCCCUGGGGAGAGGACGGGCCUGGUUGAGACUGGCUUUGAUGCAGAAGAAGCUCUCUGACUACAUGAAGACCAUCAUCAACAGAAAGGACCUGCUCAGUGAGUUCUACGAGGCGAACGCGCUGAUGAUGGAGGAGGAGGGCGCCGUCAUCGCCGGGCUGCUCGUGGGACUAAAUGUCAUCGACGCCAACCUGUGUAUGAAGGGAGAGGACUUGGACUCUCAGGUCGGCGUGAUUGAUUUCUCGAUGUACCUGAAAGAUGGAGGACACAGUAGUAAGAGUGCAGAGGGCGACGGUCAGAUCACAGCGAUUCUCGAUCAGAAGAACUACGUGGAGGAGCUGAACCGACACCUGAGCGCGUCGGUGAAUAACCUGCAGGCCAAGGUGGACGCUCUGGAGAAGUCCAACACGAAGCUCACGGAGGAGCUCGCCGUGGCGAACAACCGGAUCAUCACUUUACAAGAAGACGUGGAGCGAGUGCAGGAGGAGAGCUCGUACCAGCUGGAGACCAGGAAGGCAUCAAGAAGCGAGUCGGCUCCGGACGGACAAGUGCUGGGCGAAACACGCAAGCAGCUCAAAGAGGAAACUCUGCUUCGAUUGGACGUGGAGAAGGAGCUGGAGGUGCAGAUCGGGAUGAAGCAGGAGAUGGAGCUGUCCAUGAAGAUGCUGGAGAAGGACGUCUGCGAGAAGCAGGACGCUCUGGUGGAGCUCAGGCAGCAGCUGGAGGACCUCCGCGUCAUCAACCAACAGCUGAGCCACAAGUCCCAGAGCGCCGACGCCGGCUCCAAACAGAAGAGUGAAGCCAUCGCUCGGCUGGAGGAGAAGAUCAACCAGAUGAGCGGCACCGUGAAGCAGAUGGAGACCAGAUGCAAACAGGCUGAGAGGGAGAGGGUUCUGGCUUUGGAGGCCAACCGGCUCUUCAAACAGGAGUUUGGGGACAAAAUCGAGAGUCUGCAGGUGGAGGUGGAGCAGCUGAGGAAGCACAGGUCCCACCUGGAGCUGGAGCUGAGAAAAGAGCGGCAUCGCCACGGCGACGGCUCGUCCUCACAGUCCGGCGUUCCCCGGAGGGAGACGAGGCUCCCAGAGGACAUAGCGAACAUCCCCAAGCGCGUCCCAGCAUCUAUAUCGGUCAAAAGGGAGAGCGAGCCGUUCAACACGGGAACCGAGGACAAAACCAGUCUGAGCUCCAGCUUGUCCUCGAGGUCCCACCAUGAGGACGAACAGGACGAGGAGGAGGAGGAGGUCUGUCAGCCUUCCAUCUGCAGCAUGUGUGAACGGGACGACUCCCUCACCAAGACAAAGAGACGCUGUAAGAACUGCGAGGGCGUCUUCUGCGAGGGCUGCGUGUCCAACGAGCUGCCGCUGGCCUCCUCCAUCCUCCCCGAGACGGUGUGCACCGCCUGCUACUCGCUGCUGCUGCAGCAGUACGCGUCCACGCCGACAUGAGCCCGCGUCUCCGCGCUGCCGACACGCACUCCUCCCCUGACUUUACGGAAGGUCUGACGGGGGCCCGCCCGGGUCGUUCCCGGUAGUGAACGCCAAACUCUUGCCGUUUGGAUGCAGGUUUUCAUCCACUGGAGUCGCUGUAAUUCUUCCCUUCUGCCGGUGUUUUAGCUGCAUUUUUAAAAAAAGCUGUAAAAAAAAAAUGGCUUCUGAUGGCAUAAAAAAAGAGAAUCAUCUCACCGGUUUAAAAAAAUGUCCACUAAGUGGAUUAUCAAAUUAAAAGUGUUAAUAUAUUUUUAAAGGAUUUAGUUUUAAAAGAUUGGAAACUAUGUUUCAUUCUAACUAUUACUCAUAUGCAGAUCAGUAUAUGAAGAGCCUUUCAGGUGAAGCAUGACAUCUUUCUCUCUCUACGUGGUUUCGGAUGCUGUUAGAAUCCAAUAUCCCCCUUUGGACCAGAUAUUAUAUUCUACUAUGAUAUCAAACGUGUGAUAGCAUUUUCUAAAAGACUGCAGUCAAAAUGUGUUUUACACUCUAAUGUUAAAAUAUAAAUAUAUAUAUUAGUGGUGGACCCGGAGCAAUGAGUUAAAAGCAUUGUAAUGCUAAAGACCAGAAAACACACAUUAAAUCCCAAUGUUGUGAGCUUAUCAGCACAUAUUUGAUGGUCUUCAGCUCCGGCUCCAAACUGCAGAGAGUAUUUACCUCCUGGGGGGGGGUAUAGAGAUCCAAACAUCAGACUGUUCCUAUUGUUUACAACGCUACGUAUUCUGGGUAAAGUGUGCUUUCUGUUAUAUUCACAUCAUUUGACAAAGAAUAGUCUGGUUGUGGAGAUUCUAGUCUUUUCUCUGGGUAAACUUUGAUCUGCGGACUGGCCCGACGUGUGCACGCACAUGCAGCUUUGCAACAGCUGAUUUUAAUGUUUUAUUAACUCGAAUGGAGAAGUUAGAAGCUCAGUCGUCCUUGUUGAAGCUGAUUAACACGCCCGAUGGAAAUGCUUCGUAUAUCAACAAUAAACUUUUAGAUGUC